AUGUACUACGGCAGUGGAGGAAGCAACCGUUUCACAAAUGAAAGAGAGUGCAUAAGGAACUGUUCAGCCGACGCGGAGAAGAUCUACCCCAUGGAUGCAACGAGGAUAAUGUUUUUUUUCUACUCAGCAACCAAAGCUUGCCUCUUGAAAAAGAAAGAAGGUGGAUGCGGUAGAAAAUAUUUGAGGUACUACUACGAUUCAGUUCAUGACAGAUGCAGAAAAUUCAUCUGGACCGGAUGCAAUGGAAAUGGAAACAGAUUUUUUGACUUCGACAGCUGCAGCAAAACCUGUGCUGGCAUUCACGGUGAGCAGACAUCUUUCUCUUAGAUUUUUAGUAGCUGUAUACAGUGCCUUGUG